GGGUCCCCUGAGAUUGACGACUGCGCAGACGGGGCGGGACGGCCCCUUUGUCUUAGGGAGCUGAAGCAGCCGCCGCAGGGCGAGAGGUUGCGGCAGAUGGUCAUGUAGCCUUUCAUACAUGAGGAACUGUAUUGAAGGGUUGCCGCACUAGCAAGGUUAGAACCACUGCUCUAGAACAAACACGCUUCCGGGAGCCAGAUUUGCUCAUUAGUGAAGGCCAAUCUCUCACUUACCUGAGGAUGGAAAUAUCACCCAAGUGAAUGAGGAGCCCUACAGGAUCGCCUGAAUUCUGUUGUCCUCACAGUCUUAAGAAACCAAGAUGGCAGCAGCCGGGCUUCUGCCGCUGCCAGCAGCGCCCCAGGCCAAAGUGACCUUUGAGGAUGUGGCUGUUCUGCUCUCUCAGGAGGAGUGGGCCCGCCUGGGCCCUGCUCAGCGGGGCCUCUACCGAAAUGUCAUGAUGGAGACCUACGGGAAUGUAGUCUCGCUGGGACUUCCAGGAUCGAAGCCUGUUGUGAUCUCCCAGCUGGAGCGAGGAGAAGAUCCGUGGGUCCUGGAUGGACAGGGGGCCGAGCUGAGCCGGGGCCCGGGAAGUGACCACUCAGAAUGCAAAGCCAAAGAAGAGAACCAAAACACAGACUUGAAUGUGCAACCAUUGAUCUCACACGAAACAUCAGCGACGCUGUCGGAAACACCGUUGAGGAAGGUUGAUGAAGAACAUUUCAAAACCGAGCCAAGCUUCUGUCCGAGUCCAAAGCCCCUUGGCCCCGAGAGUGCCCACGCAUUGAACCCUAGUGUGCCAGUUGCUCGCCCGCUCAUGGCUCCCAGCGGAGAGAAGCCCUAUAUAUGCAUUGAGUGUGGAAAGUGCUUUGGCCGGAGUUCCCAUCUCCUUCAGCAUCAGCGAAUACACACUGGUGAGAAGCCCUAUGUCUGCCGCGUUUGCGGAAAGGCCUUCAGCCAGAGUUCUGUCCUCAGCAAGCACCGGCGGAUCCACACGGGCGAGAAGCCCUACGAGUGUAACGAGUGCGGCAAAGCCUUUCGAGUGAGUUCCGACCUCGCCCAGCACCACAAGAUCCACACGGGAGAAAAGCCUCACGAGUGUCUGGAAUGCGGGAAGGCGUUCACCCAGCUCUCGCACCUCAUCCAGCAUCAGCGGAUCCACACCGGGGAGAGACCCUACGUGUGUCCCUUGUGUGGCAAAGCCUUCAACCACAGCACCGUCCUGCGAAGCCACCAGAGAGUACACACUGGGGAGAAGCCUCACGGGUGCAGCGAGUGUGGGAAGACGUUCAGCGUGAAGAGGACGCUGAUGCAGCACCAGCGCGUCCACACCGGGGAGAAGCCCUACACGUGCAGCGAGUGCGGCCGGGCCUUCAGCGACCGCUCCGUGCUCAUCCAGCAUCACAACGUCCACACCGGGGAAAAGCCGUACGAGUGCAGCGAGUGCGGCAAGACCUUUAGCCACCGCUCCACCCUGAUGAAUCACGAGAGGAUCCACACGCAGGAGAAGCCCUACGCGUGCUACGAGUGCGGGAAGGCCUUUGUCCAGCACUCGCACCUCAUCCAACACCAGAGGGUCCACACCGGAGAGAAACCCUACGUGUGCGGCGAAUGUGGGCAUGCUUUCAGUGCGCGCAGGUCCCUGAUCCAGCACGAGAGAAUCCACACAGGUGAGAAACCCUUUCAGUGCAGCGAGUGUGGCAAAGCGUUCAGCCUGAAAGCAACUCUCAUCGUGCACCUGAGGACCCACACGGGCGAGAAACCCUAUGAGUGCAAUAGCUGCGGCAAAGCCUUUAGCCAGUACUCGGUGCUCAUCCAGCACCAGCGGAUCCACACUGGAGAGAAGCCCUACGAGUGUGGCGAGUGCGGACGUGCCUUCAACCAGCACGGGCACCUGAUCCAGCAUCAGAAAGUACACAAGAAGUUGUGAUCCCUGCCCGUCAGAAGCCCACAUUUGGAACAUGCCUGAGACCUAAACAGCCUUCCUCCAGGAAUGUUAAAUUUAUUUUCCUCAACAACUUGAAGUUAAACUGGAGAGUAAUCCUACAAUUGUAGAUACUGGUAAAGACAGCCAUAAUUCUACCUUUGUCUAUUUGACAUGAAUUAGUUUAUUGAAGCAACCAAAAAGCUGUAAAGCCUAGAAACUAUUCAUAUUCAAAUGAAGUUCUGUUCCUUACAUAAACUUCCCGAUGUUCCCAAAUGGAUCUGUUCAUUCUAAUAUUGUGCUUAAAUUUAGAAUGUUGGACCAUUCUCAGUAUCCUUUUGAAACACUUAGGUGCUAUGUUGAUAAAGUGAUAUUAAAAAAAAAAGAUCUUGGGCCAGAGAGAAGGCUCUGAAGAAAAAACCAGGUGACCUGAGUUUGCUUUCUAGAACUCAUAUGGUAGAAAGGGAGAACUAAAGUGCACAAUUGUCCUGUGGCUUCCACGUG